AUGAGUUUCUUUGGACUUCGAGGGAGGAAACUCCAGAUGGCCCAGAUCUGGGCGGUCAUUCUGCCGUGUUAUCUCUUAUUUGGUUAUAACAACUCUAUCGCUGGAGGCUUUCUCAGUCUUCCGUCGUGGGUCGAAACCUUUCCUGCUCUCGACACCGUGCACACCAAAGGGGCUAUCAAAGACCAUAACUCGACCCUCCAAGGAACAGUCGUGGCCAUGUACACCCUGGGCUGUCUCUUCGGCUGUCUCAGCUGCAUCUGGCUAGGCGACAAGCUCGGCCGGAAGAAGACCAUCAUUUUCGGCGCCUUGGUCAACACAAUAGGCGCAGCUCUCCAAGCCUCCUCCUACUCGCUGCCGCAACUCAUAAUCGGGCGACUGGUUUCUGGAUACGGUUUCGGUCACAUUACAGCUACAGCUCCCAACUGGCAGGCAGAGUGUUCUGGCGCUGCCCAUCGCGGUGCAGCGGUGAUGCUCGAAGGCUUGUUCAUCUCCCUUGGCCUGGCCAUCGGAGGCUGGACGAAUCUGGGCAUGUCCUUCCAUCACGGCUCUGUCACUUUCCGAUUCCCAGUGGCCCUAUCCGGGGUGUUUUCCAUCAUCAUUAUGCUUACUACACCGUUGCUCCCGGAAUCACCACGCUGGCUGACCAAGAAGGGCCGGCUCGACCGCGCAAGAGAAGUUCUAGCCGAUUUGACAGACACGGACGCAAAUUCCGUUCAGGUGCGAGAGGCAAUCCGCGAAAUCGAGACAUCCCUGGCCCUCGCAGGAGAAGCCAAGCUCAAGGACAUUUUCACCAACGGCCCUCUCCGCCUUUUACACCGCAUGUGUCUCGCCUGCGCGGCGCAAUGCUUCCAGCAAAUGAGCGGCAUCAACGCCCUUGCCUUCUACCAAGCCAAGAUCUUCGAGGACUAUCUUGGUCAAACUCCGAGGGCGGCAAAGAUCAUCGCUGCUUCGGUCUUUACCUGGCAGACCAUCUGCUCGCCCAUUGGUGUCUUGACAGUGGACAGGUUCGGGCGUCGCAAACUGAUGAUGGUGUCGUCUUUGGGGAUGGGUGUUUGUAUGGCUGUUGUUGCGGGCGGAUCAUCGCAGCCGGGGAACACGGCUUCGGUGGGAGUUGCGGCGGCCUUCAUAUUCCUUUUCUCGCUAUUCUUUCCUACUGGGUUUCUUGGACUUACGUUUCUGUAUGCUGCUGAGAUCUCACCACUCAGUCAUCGAGUGCCCAUCACCGCCAUGUCAACUGUAUUGGCCACCGCAUGGCUAUUCAACUUUGUUGUUGCAGAAAUUACUCCCAUUGGACUGGCUACUCUUAAGUACAGAUACUACAUCAUCUACGCUGCCAUCAACAUAUGUCUCACUUUCCCCAGCGUAUUCUUCUUCUUCCCUGAGACCAGCGGCCUUCACUUGGAAGAGGUCGACGCCAUCUUCUUGGACAGUAGCAAUAUAUUUGAAACAGUUUCUAUUGCCAGAUAUAGUCGAUCAGCUAAUCACAGAAGUAACAUUGACAAUGGGAGGGAAGAGAAACAGGAAGUGGCUCAAAUUGAGAAAGGGUCGCCAGCACCUUAA